UAGGAAUAUCUUCAUCCAUCCUUCUCACUGGUGAAAAAGUUCUGAAGUUUAUGUAUUAAAAUAGAGUCAUUCAACAAACCUCAGUUUCUUCUAUUACAAUAAGAGUUGCUUGGUUGUAUCCUAAUUAGAGUGUUUCUCAAUGGAUAUAGUUCAAAAGUUGCAGCUACAAACUAAAGAUGACAAAAAAAGUGCACAAUUCACAUAGAAACUCAAUUGUCACCCAGCAACCUCAACAUCCACUAAGAGAAUACAGAAGGUGGUUACGUGUAUCCCUCUACAUGAUCUUUCUUUUGGCAGGCCAAUGUACAGCCACACUUUUGGGAAGGUUAUACUUUGACAAUGGUGGUAACAGCAAAUGGAUGGCAACAUUUGUUCAAUCAGCUGGAUUCCCAGUACUACUUCCACUCCUUUUUAGCUUCCAAAAACAUACCAAAUUACCUAACACACUCAUCAAUGAACCCUCCAAAACCAAACCAAAAGUUUUCAUUCUAGUUUCUCUUUAUCUAGCUUUUGGGUUGCUUUUGGCAGGGGACAACUUGAUGUAUUCCUAUGGACUUCUAUAUCUCCCUCUUUCCACCUAUGUUCUGCUAUGUGCAACCCAAUUAGCCUUCAGUGCUUUAUUCUCUUUCUUCUUGAAUUCCCAAAAGUUCACAAAAUUAAUACUCAAUUCUGUAGUCCUCCUUACCAUAUCAACUUCUCUGCUUGCAAUCAAUUCUGAUGAUGAUGACUCAAUGGAUCAUCCCAGAGAUAAGAAAUUAAUUGGGUUCUUCUGCACCCUUGCUGCAUCUGCUGCAUAUUCUUUAUUUCACUCUCUUGUGCAGCUUUCUUUUGAGAAAGUUAUAAAGAGUAAAUCAUUUUCUGCUGUCUUGGACAUGCAAUUGUACCCCUCCAUUGUUGCUACCUGUGCUUGCAUUGUGGGGUUGUUUGCAAGUGGAGAGUGGGCAAAUUUGGGUGAAGAGAUGAAGGAAUACAAAAAGGGAGCAAUGUCAUAUAUAAUGACUCUGUGUUUUACAGCUGUGACAUAUCAAAUAUUCUCCAUCUGUAUGCUGGGAUUGAUUUUUGAAGUGUCUUCAUUAUUCUCGAUUGUGAUGGGUGCCCUGGAAUUGCCCAUAACUCCCAUGCUAGCCAUUACAUUCUUUCAUGACAAGAUCAAUGGGGUGAAGAUUAUAGCCUUGUUGAUAGCAAUGUGGGGCUUUCUUUCCUAUAUGUAUCAACAUUAUCUAGAUGACAAAAAAGCAAAGGCAAAAGAUAAUAGCCAAGUGGCUUCAGAGGGUUUGGUAGAAUAUUUUUGAUGGAAUGGACCAAACUUUUAUGAAGUAAUAUCGCAGUCUCUUUUGGAAAUUGAGUUGAGAGUACGUUGAGACUCAAAGACAAAGGCAUGAAGAAGGGUCAUACUCUGGUUGCAAUUUGGUGAGGUAUAUCCUUUUGAUAUCCCAGCACAGCAUUGUCUUUCUACUUUCUGUUAGGCAGUAAACAUGUCAUGAUAUUGUUUCCCCUUGUAUUAAAUUAAAAAUAGCAUCAAUCCAUUUAUUGUAUACA